AUGUCUGCGACGGAGGGCUCGUCUCCGUCGAGUGCUGUCCGGGAAAGCGCGUCGUCACAUCCUGCAGGUCGCGCAAUAUCGGACGCGGGUGUCAUUGGCCUUGCGGUCAUGGGUCAGAACUUUGCACUGAACCUAGCGUCGCACGGCUGGCGAGUCUCUGUGUACAAUCGAACGUAUGCGCGGACGGCGGAGACUGUUGAGCGGGCGCAGCGGGAGCUCGCGGCAGAUGACACGACAGCCAGCGGGAGCGUUACCGGCUUUGCGGACCUGCGGUCGUUUGCGCUUUCGCUGAAGCGUCCGCGGCGGGUAUUCCUGCUGGUGAAGGCGGGGAGCGCAGUCGACGCAACCGUCGAGGCGCUGGCUGAGGUUCUGGAGCCGGGCGACAUCAUCGUGGACGGCGGCAACGAGUGGUACGAGAAUACGGAGCGACGUGCUGCGUCUGUCGCGGCACGCGGCCUCCUGUACGUAGGCAUGGGCUGUAAGCGGUGGCGAGGAGGGUGCGCGCUACGGGCCUUCCCUGAUGCCGGGCGGUUCACGGGAGGCGUACCAGCAGCUUGCGCCGCUGCUGGAGCAGGUUGCGGCGCAGGUACCCGGCUCUGGGCCGUGCGUUACCUACAUUGGGCCGGGCGGCUCGGGGAACUAUGUGAAGAUGGUGCACAACGGGAUCGAGUACGGCGAUAUGCAGCUGAUCGGCGAGGCAUACGACCUGCUUCGGGGUGCCGUUGGCUUGGAUGCGAUGGCGGCUGCGGAAGUAUUUGCCUCGUGGAACGCGGGCGCCCUGCAAAGCUUCCUCGUGGAGAUUACCGCGCGCAUUCUACGCGUGCCUGA